AUGUCCGCAGGUGAGACGCACGCGGAAUUAUCGGAUCGCGACACAGAAAAACUCCGUCUGGGACAUACGGGCUCACGUACUCGUAGCCACAGUGCAGGAAGUGUUCCUCCGCAAUCCACCUCGUUCACUUCGUCACCACCCCACCAGGCUGUAGCCGCAGAAGACUCGAACCCAAUGGAUAGUAGUGAUGUAGCAACCCCACGCAAAUCUGAUCCCCUUCCCGCUCAUCAUGUGGUCAAAUUCAAACCGUGUCUUGUGCUUCGACCUUCCAGUUCGUCCAGUCCCCGUUCUCCUAUCGCACGGUUCUCUGGCCAUCCAGCGUUUUCUUCGAUCCUUGCAGAUCAAGCUAGUGAUUUGGUCACGAACGGUUGUUUGAGUGACCCUCUCCCAUUCAGUACGGUGGCCAGUUCGGCACGCGUUUCGACGGCUGCCACCGCAGCGGCCGGGAUUAUGACAGCCACUAAAUCCUCUUCUCUUAAACCUUGCCGUUCGGUGGGUCGUGCACAUCGUGCCGGAUUCUCUUCCCCACCACCACCACCACCACCGCCAGACGCGAUCCGUACACUACUGAUUGGCGAUGAUGGGGACGAGGAAGAGGGGGUAAAUCAUUCACGGCAGUUGAACACCUUCGGCAUCUUGUCUCGUUCCCGUCGUGUGGGAGAAGACAGCGGUGACACAGAGUUUCGAAACCGACCCACCUCACACAACGGCACUCCACCGCUUGCCCAGGCCGUAGUUGCAGCGUUAAAACAGAAUCAACAUCAUUUAUUUCGCUCCAUCGCCACCACAACUACAACCACGACCACAUCCACCGCAUCGUCAUCCCGUUUCUCCCCCGCCUAUCUAUCGGACGAGAAUGAAGCCGCCGAUAUUAUCCGCGGGGCUGACGUCCGUCGACGCGUCGAGGACGCCGCUCAAGAGGCAGACAGUGACACGGACAGUGUGUCAUACGGAGAUGAUGAUGAAGACGAUGAUGCGAACCGGGUUUCUCGGGCAACUUUCUCGCAUACUGACCAAGCUGCUGUGGAAUUAGAUGGUGAGAGUGGCUACGGAGCGUCGUGUUCAUCCUCUUCAGUUCGACUCCGUUUCAGUUCAAGACGGGACAAACGGCGUCAGAAACGUCGUGUACAACGCCGGUCAAGUGUGGGAACGAGCACCGCUGAGACACAUUCAUCUCCAGGAGAGGAUGAACAAGAAGACCGGGAGCACUCAGAAAGUUCCAGUCGUAACCGCAGUGCCCUAGGAGACUCGGCUAAUGGACGACACACACCUAAUAGCAGUCCUGUUUGUGCAACGAUUGGCGAAUUCACUGAUUUGAGUUCAUCGGCGCGGCGACUGAUCCCGGCCCGUAAUGCAUCCAACCGACACAAACGCAAUCGGGUUCGCAUUUUAGAUGACGAACAACAGCAAGACCAGACAGGUAAAAUUACUGCGGCUCAUGCAGACCAGUCGGCCAGUCGGAAUCGGCGUCGUGCUCACCUAGUCGGAUUGCAUUCGGCUGGUGAAGUAGCACAACCUGGUGAUGAAAAUGCUGAUGACGACGACUCGGAAUCACCGGGAUUGGCUCAUACACAUAGCUCUUUGCCGUCCUAUCCAUGCUCCAUACAUCGGUACUCCAUUGACACCGGGUCCGCACCAUCCAUUCCCACAAGUGACACGGAAGCGAAUCGCCCGGAGUCAGAUGCUUUCGAUGCGGUGGUUGAAUCCUCACCAGUUACCAAUUUGGCUGGCCUUUCACCCGGCGCGGCAAUGCCACCACCACCAAAUGCUGUGCCUUCCGCCUCGAUUCUGGUCAUGCCUACCAAUUCACAGACUCACCACAACACUUCUCUCUCUCCAUUCACUUCAAUGUCGUCCGCCACUCGAGGUGCAUGGCAUUCAGACAUGUCAUCUGGUGUACCACUAGCUCACGCUACGGCCUAUCAGCUAGAUACCCAAACAGACGCAUUUCACACUGGUGUGACAAACUAUGCUCAAACUCAUUCAGUUCAGCCUUGUCUGUGUUCCACUCAUAAUCAUGAAGCUCAUUCUGGUUGGUGGGAAUCGUCCAAUUGUUCAUGGUAUGGUCCUGGAGAGGCGUCUUCCGCCUUCCACCCCGCUCCUCUAUGUUUGAAGUCCCGUCAGUCCUCAACCCACCCAUCGACUCUUCCAUUCGGUUGGACUCAACCGUCCUGUUCCGGUGCUCAUUCCGUCUCACAGUCUUGUUCCUGUCGCCCAUCAACUAGUUUUUCCAUUGCGCUUGGAGACGAAAUCACUUCCUCACCGCCACCACCAUCACAGCAGCAGGAAAAACGGUUUGACUCGAACCCCCCGCUUUUGCAUAAUCCUGGCCCGACCCGUGUUAGUCUUGUCGUGGACAAAGUACGGGUGAUUGUGGACGCCCAGGUGCUUCAAUCUCAUCCAGAUACAAUGCUCGGUCGAAUGAUCAGUUCACAUUUUCUGGAGUCCAGUCGACUGGCCGAAAGUGCAUCCAUUCCCGGUCCCAGUACUCAACUGCCCGAGUCGCGUCCUCAUCCACCUGAUAUACUUGUCGCACAAAAUUCGAAUAUCUCGGCCCACUUGUUCCGAGCUGUAUUGGACUAUUAUCUUCUCGGUCAUAUAUCCUGUCCUCCGGGGGUUCCGGUUCAAGAGCUAAAAGAAACGUGCGACUAUUUUCUGAUCCCAUUCAAUCAUCAUACGGUACGGUGUGCCAAUUUGCGCGCGUUCCUUCACGAACUGUCCAAUGAUGGUGCCCGUGCUAAUUUCGCAGAAUUCCUAGAGACACAUAUCCUCUCAUUGUUGGUCAAGUGUGCGCGAACCGGGGAACGCGAAUGCCAUGUGGUGAUUGUCACGGACGAUGAAACAAUUGUUUGGGAUCCGGAAUUUCCACCCCAGAUGCCCGAAAAUGAGCUUCAAUCACAUAUCAUCUACAGCACACACAUGUUUCGAUUUCUCAAAUACAUCGAGAACCGCGAGGUGGCGAAGCAAGUGCUACUCGAACGGGGCCUGAAAAAAAUUCGUAUAGGAAUUGAGGGCUAUCCGACUUGCAAAGACCGAAUGAAAUUCCGACCCGGAUUCCGGCCCGAGGCAAUUUACAAUUAUGUUCAAUGCCCGUUCCUGCGCAUGUCCUGGGAAGAGGAGGAGAACAAAUCGCGUCACGUUGACUUCCAGUGUGUAAAAAGUAAAUCUGUCAGCGAUUUAACCACUGGCUUGGAGCAGGCGGUAGUUGAUCCGUUGCCUCCACCCCAUCUGAUUCGAUCUCCUCCUCGAUCGGUUUCUCCUGAACGUCCCGAUCAUCGAUCGGCUAGUUUCGCUGCCCAAGUGGAUAACCUUGACCCGGAUGGUCCACUUGUACUUGAAGGCAACACAACUACUUCACCGCUGAUUGAUGCUUUUGAUCCAGAGGAUCUGUCUCCCGGCCACCCGGAAUCAUCACGUGCCAGAACCGUUUCGCCUCUUCCCAACGCAUCCUCUGAUCCUCCAGAUCGAGAGGACGAGGAGGAAGAGGACGAUGAACCACGGAUAUCCCCUUCCAAUCCCGAACCGGAUCCACCAGAACCAUCUAAUCCGGGUUCUUGA